AUGGUGAAAAAAGAUUUUUUACAAUAUCUACUAGCGAUUGAAACGAGUUGUGAUGAAACCAGUUUGGCUCUUUUUCAUAAGAAAAAACUUUUAAAAUGCCAUAUUUAUGCCGUUACUUUGAAUCAUAAAAUUAUUUUUCCCGCUUUAACUCUCGUUGUCAGUGGAGGACACACACAACUCGGAUACUUGGCGAAAAAUCUUGAUUUUAAAGUUAUCGGGCAUACGGUGGAUGAUGCGGUCGGCGAAGUAAUUGAUAAAAUUGCUCGUAAAAUAGGUUUGGCAUAUCCGGGAGGGGCAGAACUGGAAAAGUUAGCAAAAAGAGGAGAAAAUAAAUAUAUGAUGAAAGUUUAUGAAAAUAAAAAAGAUUUAAAUUUUUCCUUUUCCGGAUUAAAAACUCAUGCUAUGAAAUUAAUUCAGCAAACAAAAAAGAUUUUGUAUUAA